UCUGCCAAUGGCUCGACUUCGGGGUGUCACUACAGGGAUCAGUUGUCCUUUUUGUCUUUAGAGGAAAAGGUUUCUCUGCUUUCCGGUGUUAGCUUUACAAGCACUGCCGGUAUAGACAGGCUUGGUAUACCUUCCUUGAAGGUUAGUACGCGAACGCACCGUUCUGCGAUCGAUUCAAUUAACGGUGUUCGCGGUUCCCAAUCGCACCUGGAAGACACCGGGACAGCCUGCUUCCCAAGCUCGACCUGCCUUGCUUCAACAUGGAACACGAGUCUGAUGAAAGAAUUUGGUGAAGAGGUUGCAUUACAAGCCAAAUCGAAAUCGGUGCAAGUUGUUCUUGGGCCAAACAUCAAUAUUCAUCGGGAUCCACGAGCAGGCCGCAAUUUCGAAGCAUUCAGUGAAGACCCUCUUGUCACCGGGGAGCUGGCUGCUGCUAUUGUUAACGGAAUUCAAUCGCAAGGUGUGGGUGCCUGCGUGAAACAUUUCGUCGCCAACGAAAGCGAGACCGUCCGCAGACGCUACAAUGUCGACGAGUCAGGUGACGGUAGAACAAUGCGGGAGUUAUACUUGCGCACAUUUCAGCACUUGUUGCGGCGAGCCAACCCAGUUUCAAUCAUGACAGCCUACAAUGCGCUUGACGGCCAGUUCUGUAGCCAGAAUCCGCUGCUCAAAUCAUUACUUCGUAAUGAUUGGAAAUACGAUGGCUGUCUUAUGUCUGAUUGGUAUGGGACCAAAAGUACAAUUGAGGCCUUAGAGGCAGGGCUUGACCUGGAGAUGCCCGGACCAUCUGUCCACCGGGGCUCGAAGCUAGUGCAGGCGAUCAGACGCAAAGAAAUACCCGAGGAAGCACUCAAUACCGCAGUGGCGAAUGUUUUAACAAUGAUCGAUCGCACCGCUGUUAGUCACAGUGAUAAGGACGAAGAGUCCUUGAUUUGCCAUUCAACCAGCGCCAUGGCAUUGAGAACGGCAUCAGAGGGAAUCAUACUUGUGAAGAACGAGAACAAUGUUCUCCCACUUGACAUGUCAGGCAAUCUGAAAGUGGCUCUUAUUGGAGCUGCCGCUGUCAAUCCAUCUAUCACUGGCGGGGGCAGUGCAUGUGCCAGGCCUCAAUACAUUCACACCCCCUUGAGCUGUUUCCAAAAUGCCAGUGAGAAGCUCGAGCAGGUUUCCUUUGUCCAUGGUGUGAACUCUCAUCACAUCAUACCUCUGAUGCCGACCAACAUGAUGCAAUCUCGAAAUGGGCACUUCGGUGUAACUGUGGAUUAUUUCCUGGAUGGUUCUGACACGCCCGUUUACUCUGAGGAGUCUGAGCAGCCUGUCGUGGUGAUGCUUGGGAAGUUGAAGCCAGGCCUGACUCAAACUGGAUUCUAUUUUAUCAUGGAGACCACUGUUACAGCAGAUCGAAGUGGUAAUCACACAUUGGCUGUACAAGCUACAGGAGAUUUCACGUUAUGUGUGGAUGGAAUGGAGGUACUUUCAAAGUCUGCCCCUGUCAUGACAGUCGCAGAUUUCUUAUUUGAGCCCAAGAAAUUGGAAAUUGAGAUUGACUUCCGAAUGGAAGCUCAUAGGCCUUACAAAAUCACCUUGCGAACUCAUUCUCGUGACAUUGCUUCGGCCGACGGCGAAAUUUCUCCUCAUUCGGCGAAAUUAUGUUUUAUGGAAGAGCAUGACAAUCGAGUUGCCAUCGCCGAGGCAGCCACGGUUGCUGCUCACUCCGAUAUCAGCGUGAUUUUCGGGGGUCGCACACACGAUCACGAAUCUGAAGGGUUCGAUCUUCAGACCCUGAAACUGCCCCGCAGUCAAGUCCGUAUGAUCAAAGCAGUUGCAAGUGUAUCGAAGCAAACAAUCCUUAUCCUGCACUGUGGGAAUCCCAUUGAUGUCUCUGAGUUUGUUGACGAUGUCGAUGGGGUCAUCCUGGCCCAUUUCCCAGGACAAGAAGGCGCACAAGCCAUCGUCGACAUCAUCACCGGAAAGACAAACCCUAGUGGAAAAUUAGCUACCACAUGGCCUAUGCGGCUAGAUAAAAGCUCUGUACCGACAUUUGGAAACUUCCCAGCCAAAGAUGUCGGAAAUGGACCGGUCAUUCGAUACCGUGAGGGUCUGCAAAUGGGCUAUAGAUCUCCUGACACCGCAUCCUUCGUUCGCUGGCCUUUUGGAUAUGGCUUGUCCUACUCCACGUUCGAGUAUAAAAACUUGGAGGUCAUUUCUCACGAUCCCAUGAACGGUCACGCGUGGCUUAAAACCCACAGCCAGAUAGUUCAUAUUACGGUGGAUGUUCAGAAUACAAGCGACAGGGCUGGGUACGAGGUUAUUCAAGUUUAUAGCCAGCCUCCAAGCCAUCCCAUGAUCUGGAGACCUCGGUCUGAGCUGAUCGCAUUUACCAAAGCAUGGCUUAGGCCAAAUGAGACGAAGCGAGUCGGCCUCUCGGUCUCCCAGCAGGAUAUAAGUGGGUAUUGGGAUAGUGUGGCUAAAUGCUGGCGGUCUCUCAACGGAAAUUACAAGAUUUCCACGGGUGGCUGUGCAGCAUACCUGCAAAUAGAGAACAUGGGAACAUGGAAUGGCCUUUAA